AUGGCCGAUAUCGUGCAGAUGUACGGGCCGGGAAUGUCUUUCUACCGCGUUGGGGAAACACCAUUGCAAGAUAAACCAGCAGCAAAGCCAUCGGAGUCCGCCCUAAGGACCUACAACGCCAGCCUCGAUGCCCUCCACACCAGCAACCAAAACCUAGAGCACAAGAUGCUCAAGAUCCGCACCGGGACCCUCCGCCUCAGCCUCGACCUGAUCCAGCUCGAGCAGCGCAUGCAUUCACUCCCCAGCGACAUGCUCAUCACCUGGCAAGCGAACGUCCUCACGCGCCUCAUCGAGGUCAUCUACGAGCGGAAGCGGUGGAAGCUGCCUGGGGCCAUCACCGUCGGGGAUCGCGAGCAUUUGGCGCGCGAGGACCUCAACCGGGUGUAUAGCGUUGCGGCGAGGAAGGUGCGCAAGGAGGUGCUGAAGCUGUUUGGGCUGUCGGUGGAGUAUCUUCAGGCGCUGCAGAAGUAUGAUGAGGUGGUGCAGUUUCGCAGCGAGAGCCCGUUUCAGACGGAGUGUGCGUUUGCGGUGUGGAUGGUGUCGGAAAAGGAGAAUCAUAGCAAUUUGUGUCGGUUUUGGGGCAGGUUGUAUCCACUUUGUUAUGGGCGGACGGUGGAGGAGAGUUCGGUUGUUUUUUGA